CAGCUGUCACGCCCGGCACACGCUCCUCGUGCGACACACGGACACCCCAGACACCGCCACCAUGCGAGGGGCCCUGGGGAGGCCGAGGGACCCUCCGCCCGCUGCCCGCAGGUGCCUUUACCUCUGAGAGGCGGCGACACCUACCCGCCUGGGACACCCCCCGGCCGGGACACCCCCUCCCAAGCCCCCCCCAGAAGGGGGGCGGCGCAUGCGCGCCGGGCGGCAGCGGGUCAGAGCGGCGUGGGCAGCGAUGGCCGGCGGGGAGCAGCGCGGCGCGCCCGGCGGCCCCGAGCGGGUGGCGCUGAAGAAGGAGAUCGGGCUGGUCAGCGCCUGUGCCAUCAUCAUCGGUAAUAUCAUUGGUUCUGGGAUCUUUAUUUCGCCAAAAGGAGUUUUGGAGCACACCGGCUCGGUGGGACUUGCCCUCAUUAUUUGGGUGCUUGGCGGUGGGGUGGCUGCCCUUGGCUCUCUAUGUUACGCCGAACUGGGAGUCACUAUCCCCAAAUCAGGAGGGGAUUAUUCCUACGUCACAGAGAUUUUUGGUGGGUUAGCUGGGUUUCUACUGCUGUGGAGUGCAGUGCUUAUCAUGUACCCGACCAGUCUAGCUGUCAUCUCCCUGACCUUCUCAAACUAUGUCCUGCAGCCCGUCUUCCCUAACUGUAUCCCCCCCUAUAAUGCCUCCAGGAUCCUCUCCAUGGUGUGUUUACUCCUCCUGACAUGGGUGAACAGCUCCAGCGUUCGAUGGGCAACGCGCAUCCAGGACAUAUUUACAGCAGGAAAACUCUUAGCCCUGACCCUUAUCAUUAUUGUGGGCUUCAUACAGAUCUUUAAAGGAAACUAUGAAGAGCUGAUACCAAGCAACGCAUUCAAUUUUUGGAUGACUCCGUCGGUGGGGCAUUUAGCAUUAGCUUUUCUUCAAGGGUCGUUUGCCUUCAGUGGCUGGAACUUCUUGAACUAUGUAACAGAAGAACUGGUUGAUCCCCGCAGGAACCUACCUCGUGCCAUAUUCAUAUCCAUCCCAUUGGUGACAUUUGUGUAUACGUUCACCAACAUUGCAUAUUUCACUGCCAUGUCACCCCAAGAGCUCUUGUCCUCCAACGCUGUGGCGGUAACAUUUGGUGAAAAGUUACUGGGCUAUUUUUCCUGGGUUAUGCCAGUCUCAGUGGCCCUAUCUACAUUUGGAGGAAUAAAUGGAUACCUUUUUACCUCAUCAAGGUUAUGUUUCUCUGGUGCCCGAGAAGGCCAUUUGCCGAGUUUGCUUGCCAUGAUCCACGUCAAGCACUGCACGCCCAUCCCAGCCCUGCUCGUCUGCUGUUUGGCCACCCUUGUCAUCAUGCUUGUUGGAGACACAUACACACUAAUCAACUACGUGUCAUUUAUUAACUACCUCUGCUAUGGAGUGACAAUUAUAGGCCUGUUAGUGUUACGCUGGAAGAAACCCAAAAUCUUCAGACCUAUCAAGGUGAACCUCCUCGUCCCCAUCACUUACCUGGCAUUUUGGGCAUUUCUGCUGAUCUUCAGCUUAUACUCCGAGCCGGUCGUCUGUGGAGUUGGACUCAUUAUCAUUUUAACUGGAGUGCCAGUGUUUUUCCUUGGAGUCUAUUGGAGAAAUAAACCAAAGUGUGUAAAUAGGCUAAUAGAGUCCGUGACGUGCUGGGGACAGAAGCUGUGUUUUGUGGUCUACCCUCAGGGGGGAGUUGCUGAGGAGGACGAGGCACCCUCGGCCGCAUCUCAGCGACCCACAAGCAAGACAACCACGAGGAAAUGAUGACAUGGCCUCUGAGGCUGAAGUGGCUUCUUGUUUACAUGCUGAUUCUUGCAAAAAGUUUUUCUGUAAUAAAAAAAAAAAAAAAAAAAAAAAAGAAAAAAAAGGUUUUUAGAGCUCCAGUAGUGAAGCUCAGAAAAUGAACUACACCCUCCAUGGCAUUUGUAGCUUUUAGGUUUUCCCUAAAAAAAAAAAAAAAAAAACAAAGAAAAAAAAAAAGAAAAAGACAAAAUAAAUAAAAUAUAAAAUAAGGCGCUGGUUGUUUUUUUUUUCUGCCAACGUACUUGCUCAGCAGGGGAAAGCAGCACAGAUACAGCUCUGGAAUACUGAUUUUAGCAGCCAUGAGAGUCCAUCAGAAUCAUAUAGAUUCAGGCGUUUCAAAAGCAGGGCAGUUCCCAACUCAAAAUCAAAGUGGAGAAAUCAAGAGAAAGCGAGGAGACCCAGGGCCAGCCAUGCCAGCAGGAAGAUUCCUGUUUCUGUCCCUGGGUGGGGUGAAUUCCCACAUAACACGAGGUUUCAAGGUUGCACCCAAAGGCUCAUCCCCCAGCUCACCUGCAAGAACACGGUGUGUCCAUCUGAGCAUUCAGCACCGGCUCUGCCAGGGCAGGGUCAUUCAUAGAAUCACAGAAUGUCAGGGGUUGGAAGGGACCUGGAAAGCUCACCCAGUGCAAUCCCCCCAUGGAGCAGGAACACCCAGAUGAGGUUACACAGGAAGGUGUCCAGGCGGGUUGGAAUGCCUGCAGAGAAGGAGACUCCACAACCCCCCUGGGCAGCCUGGGCCAGGCUCUGCCACCCUCACUGAGAAGAAGUUUCUUCUCAAGUUUAAGUGGAACCUCUUAUGUUCCAGCGUAAACCCAUUACCCCUUGUACUACCAUUGUUUGUCACCGAGAAGAGCCUGGCUCCAUCCUCCUGACACUCACCCUUUGUAUAUCUGUAAACAUUAAUAAGGUCACUCCUCAGUCUCCUCUUCUCCAAGCUAAAGAGCCCCAGCUCCCUCAGCCUUUCCUCAUAAGGGAGGUGCUCCACUCCCUUCAGCAUCUUUGAUUGCGCUGAACAUGAACCAGCCUGGGCACACCUGACAGGGUACAAAACCAGCAGUCUGCUUGACUGUUCAAAAAUCAUUUGGUGAUACAGAGAAAAAAAAAAUAUACAGAGGUAGUGAUAAAAAUCUCAAUUAUCUAAAUUUUGAAGCAUUUUUGCAAAGGCAGAGCAGAUGAGGAUGGAGCUCAUUGCAUUCCUGUGUGGAGCUCGGCACCAUCCAGGUGCUGACGGGAGGAUGGAGAUGUGGAAGGUUUGCAACACCUCAGCAGUGGGAACUGGAGGGAAACGUGGGAAUGAAGCCCAAUGUGUCUCUUUUCUGCUGACGUGUCAGGUGAUGGCGCGCUGCUUCAGAGACAAAUUCCCCAUUUCCACUGUGCUCAGCCAAGCGA